UUGGGGGUCUCCAACAAGCCUCUAUUGCGCAUCUAGAAAUAGAGAAACCACCACAAUAUCCAUGUAAAAUUAUCUGAUGAGAUUAUCAUUCAAUUCUUCACACCAGGACAGGGCAGGCCAAAGAGUUGUUCUAGAUAGUUAUAGUUUGUAUCGGACAUUUCUCGAUUUCUCCGGAUGCAUGCACCGGUGGUUUUCAACUGUGUCGAAUGCGCGCUUCGGAGGGAGUUCCAGAACGCAGUUAUAAACGGUUGGAUCGCGUCCCGGUUUUCGGCUUGGCUCAGUCUGUCAGUCAGGCGGUCUGUUAGAUCCCGGAGAGAGAGAGAGAGGGGCUUGAUUGAGUAGGAGACGAUGAUGGCAAUAGCGAAGAUACCGUGGCUACUUCUCCUCGAGAUGGGAUUGUACGCCAGUUGUUUCGUUUGUGGAAUCGUCACGGCAGCUUCUCUCACUAUCACACAGGGGAGUUUCAGUGGUCUCUGUAUCCUGUAUGGGACAGUAAAUCACAACUCGUCAUCAGACUCCCUAUUGGUCCAGACCUCCAGCUCUCCCUCACUCUGUUACUUUGUCUCUGCUAUCUCAGUGUGUGUAGCAGUGUUCUGUUUCUCUAUAUCACUGUACUGGAUAUAUACAUGCUGUCUGGAUGGAGGGUUUAACAGAGAGCGUCUAUGGCUCAACGUGACCCUGGUGGUGUGUGGAGUGUUUCUCUUCUUCCUCCUGGUGACGGGCUGUGUGUUGAAGAGAGGAAGAGACUCUCUGUGUGACUCUGUCCUACACGCUGUCCCCAACAUCACCAGCUGUGAAGAGGCUCAGUCUAGGACCUGGAUCAGUCCUUACACUGGAACACAGUUCUACACUGGACUGUACAACGCUGGGACUGCGGUGUGGGUGAACUUCUUUUUCUGGAUUCUGAUUGGCGUGCUGGUGGUGAUCCAGAGAAGUCAAGGGUCCGAGUUCAGAAUGACGGCGGCCGACCCCUUAGCCACGCCCUCUGAGACAGAACCUUUCUUCCCACGCCAGGCCCGGCCCCAGUGACUCAUAACUGUCUCGCCUUACGACCUGCUGGCUAGACACAUGUGGAUGUGCGCAAACACAUGACGGAGACACACACACACACACUCCUCACUGUCUGACCUGUUUGUAGAGAAUGAAUUAACCUCACCCUAUGUAUGUUUGAGAGAGUCCUCCUCUCACACACACACACACACACACACACACACACACACACACUCCUCACUGUCUGACCUGUUAGUAGAGAAUGAAUGAACCUCACCCUAUGUAUGUUUGAGAGAGUCCUCCUCACACACACACUCCUGCUCCUGGGGUCAGUGUCUAUGCGGAUCUCUGGUUCUGAGUACUGCGCCCCAGUGAAACAGAGAUGGCCUAGCUGAUUUCAGGCAGCAUCUGUCUCUUCAAGGAUAUAACAAGAAUAUACUAAUGGUAACACGUAGAGCCACUGCAGCUUUCUCUGUGGUCCCUCCAUCCACAUUCUCUGUGAUCCCUCCAUCCACAUUCUCUGUGGUCCCUCCAUCCACAUUCUCUGUGGUCCCUCCAUCCACAUUCUCUGUGGUCCCUCCAUCCACAUUCUCUGUGGUCCCUCCAUCCACAUUCUCUGUGGUCCCUCCAUCCACAUUCUCUGUGGUCCCUCCAUCCACAUUCUCUGUGGUCCAUCCACAUUCUCUGUGGUCCCUCCAUCCACAUUCUCUGUGGUCCCUCCAUCCACAUUCUCUGUGGUCCCUCCAUCCACAUUCUCUGUGGUCCCUCCAUCCACAUUCUCUGUGGUCCCUCCAUCCAGUCCUUUCUCUUCCUAUAUUCAGGGAGAUGUGUGUGUGUGUGUCGGUGUGUGUGUGUGACUGGCUGACAGGAACAUCAAUCUUCUCAGAUAAUAUCAGUGCUUUGCACUGUGUGUGUGUGUGUGUCUCCCUCUACGGACCACUGCCAAACCAAGGAGACUGCACCACAGUCAGCUUUCAGCAAUGUCACACUGUCCUCCAGACAGACCUUAUAAUGCCUUACUGACCACUGACACAAAGCAACCAUUUUGUUACAGGGUUCCCUUUCUGCCUGCACUUACUUAGAUUGUUUUUUUUUAUUAUUAAAAAGCAAAAACAUAUAUUUUAAUUUGAGUAAAUGAAUUAUUGUUGCCAUUGCUGAUACUGUAUUGUUGAAUCUUUUUACAGAACUUUAUGAAAACAGGUAUCGACCAUCCAAUAAAGAUACAUUUUUUAUUUGUCA